UCCGGGCUAGCAGUCCAAAUCACCGCGUAGAUCCCGACAUGCAUUAAUUUAAUUACAAUACAUUAUGUCCCUAGGAUUUUAGGACAAACCCGUUUGAUAGAACAAUACCAGGCCUUAACGUAGGCUUCUUUGUCUAAUAAAUAAAAAAUAAAAAAAACAAGCAAGUCUUAUAAUACUAGUAGCGAGAGGAGCGUGAAAACGCGGAAUGGGUACUGACGUAAUUCGAAUGUGGCGAUUACGGAUGCAAGAUGAACUUCCACCGUUAAACAUUAAACGGCAAUACGGUAGUUGGCCGCCAAUUUGACUAAAAUGCUACUGUACAAUAACACUAAAUACAAAUUUAUGUGUAUAAAUAACCUUUGAAUGGUUAAGUGCUUCAAAACUGAAGGGCGAGUAGUUACAUAUUUAUCAAACCCAUAAGCCAUACUAAUCCUAACCGUCUGUGUCACAUCACACAUGAUAAGCCAGAUUCUAUGUUUAAUUAACUGGUUUAUGUGUCGCCGCAUCCGACGUUAUUACAUAGGUAUCCAUUAUAACUAAUUAGUUAGUACCUAACGUAACCUAAUAACUAAACAUGGUUUAAACUCUGGUAAAUGAGUAAAGUAUCUAAGAAGUUUGUCUUUAUUGACAAAACUGCAAUAGGCUAAGUAUACGCCAAGCAAUAAAAUGUUUUGUUGCUAUAAAUGUCCGUAUAAGUUUGUUUAGUACUUAAUGAGGUCCCCUGACACCUGUCAUUUCAAUAAUUUCCCAAGCUAACAGUAAUUGAAAUAAGUUAAAGUAACAAAAGUACGUAAAUUAUUUUGAUGUAGGUACGUUUGCGUGGCAAUAGCCGCACGUACAGUUGACCCAUACUAUUUAUUUACUUCCAGGUUGCCAACAUUUAGGACUGCGUUUUCUAAACUCAUUAUUAGAUUUAGUUUAACGCAAACAUUAUACCUGUUUUUAAAUGAUAAAAAGCCUCUAAUUAGCAGACACACUAUAUUAUGGCGUUCUUGUUAGAUACUUUUAAAAUCUACGUGCUUAUAUAGGUAUCCCUAAAUUAUAACGUGUUGUAUCAAAUCGUAAUCUAUUCGCACACCCAAAGCGUUUGUUCGCCGAAAAGGGAUUUCUAUAUCCUUAACGGGAUUCCAGUAACUUCAGUCUAAAGGCAGAAAAGCUUGGGGCGUUUGGAUGCAGCGAUAGCGGCAGAGCACGCACCAAGGUGAAGCAACCGAGAAAGGGCAAAAGCGAACAAUAUAAAACGAGGUACAUCUCUGCAGUAGUAUUCAGUAAACAGCUGAACAUCGGAGAAAUAGGUUAACACCUAAUUGCACUGCUCUAAUUAUGACCACUGCUCUGUUUAAAUUAUCUUUCGCGGCGUUGCUGGCCGUGGCCUGCUGCGGGCGUUUGGAGCAGCAAUACCUCCCCCCGCACUUCGGCGGUUCCAAUGGAGGUUCUGGCGGGUCUUUCGGAGGAGGAUCAUUUGGGGGAUCGAGUGGAGGAUCAUUCGGGGGAUCGAGUGGCGGGUCGUUCGGCGGAUCUCACGGAGGAGCUAACAUUCCUAUUACCAAAUUCGAAAAUGUGAACAAUGGGGAUGGCAGCUAUCAUUAUAGCUACGAGACCGGUAACGGCAUCAAAGCGCACGAGAGCGGAGCCCCCCGCGCCCCGGGCCCCGAAGGCCCCGCCGUCACGGCGGACGGCGGCUUCUCCUACACCGCCCCUGAUGGCCAGCAGAUCUCCAUCUCCUACACCGCCGACCAGAAUGGCUUCCAUCCCGUAGGCUCCCACAUCCCCACCCCGCCCCCCAUCCCGGAGGCGAUCCUCAAGUCCAUCGAAUUCAACAGGCGCAAUCCUUCUUCAGAGGGCCAGUACAACCCCAGCGGCAAUGGCGGCCACGGCGGUUCAGGCGGCUACCACUACUGAUCUCACCCCUCGACACUAACCUCACCAAGGACUGUGAUACCACGACCUAGCACUAAUUCGUUAGUUUAUUUAGUUAGCUUUAUGAUGUAAAUAUGCAUGAGGAAUAAAUUAUGUUUGAGUAUAAAAUAUUUUUUAUUUGUUUGAAGUUUGUUAAGAAAUUUUGGGAUUAAAAUAUAUUUUUACGUAGGUGCAUAAUAUAUAAUUAUAUAAACAGACAACAUGGAGUACGUAAGUACUUACACUUCCUUGUACCCUAAAAAAGUUUAAUAUUAUGUCGAAAAUUUAAAGGAGCAUACUGUGAAACGUUGUACGAUACACGUGUGAAUAGGUAAUUCACAACUCGUAUUAAUGUUUCAGCACUCAUUGCCUAUUUCCUACUUUCCGGACUUCUUUUUUAUACCACGAUGGUAAGUAGUCACCGCAGUCUAUGGACGCCUGCAACACCAAAGGUAUUACAUGUUACCGACCCUUUAAAAACUCUUUUUUUAAAGAA